CGAGCGAAAGAAAACAAUGAACGUGUCAAUGAAAAAGCGACGGUCGAUAGAAACCGACCGAGUAAUGUCAAAUCGUACGAUGUGAAAAUUGACAAGUAACCCAAGGCCUACGCCUAGUUUUCGCGUAUCUCCUCGUGGAUUUUUUGACUUUCGCUAUGAAUGAUGGGCCUUCGUCGGGAAACGUGUCGGAAAGUAACGCCUCUGUGGCGAACAAUGCGGAGGAAUUAGAUACACAGGGCUCCAUUGAUAAGCGUGUUAGGAGUAUAAAACUAUUUAUCGCGAAUAACAUAACCAGCAAGAUCAGAUCGAAACUACCGAAUGUCGCCUGCUACCUGAAGCGUUUGGCGAGAUUGAAGAAUGGUGGAAAAUCCGAAUCCGAGAGGGAGGGAAUCGGUAGCCCUGAAGUGUCUGAAAUCAUGGAAGUGUCGAUCAACGAACAGAAUGCAUCAGAAGGCAGGGGUUCGGUCGACUGGUCCGAGAACCGCGUGAUGGAAACGAGGUGGUACGAAACUGCCAGUGACCCCUCAAAUCCUGAAGGACCUUCGACUUCCACCGCAAACACGAACGACGACACAAGCGAGUCCCCUAUAAUCGCCACAACGUCUCAGAUUGAACCUGCACAAACGAUUUCGAAUUCCGUGACCACCACCGAAACGAUGACUACAAAUGGGAUAUUUAUGAGCGUACGGAACCGCGAUACCACCUUGGCAGAGAAUAUUAUGCUGUUUAGAGAAGCUUUGUCCUCACACAUUGGAUCGCAAACGGAAAGGCUUAGAGAGAUUCGAGGCGAUCCUUUGGUCUAUAUACAGAGUGAAGAUCGUCACGAGCUUUAUCUGGGGGGCACCGCGAACGGUGAAAGUGAAUUUAGUGGAUCGAGUACGAUCAGGAGUGAAAUUGGCAGCGUUGCGGAAAUCGAUAACCGUUCGCGAGAGGUGCGAAAUCAAAGAAUAGGACAAGAUCCAACGCAGUUUUUUGACACCUUGUUGAACGUAGACAGGAUACUAACACGCAAACCGAUUCGUCGCAAUGACGAUGAAUCGAGUAUAUACUGACAUUUACCAUGAAGCCUACAAUUGCUU